AGCUUACCAAAGAGGCCCCUAAACCCUAAACCCUUUUCAACACAAGGCAUAAAUCCUACCCUAAACUAAAACCCUCCUCAAUCCAAGGCAAACUGUUAAAUCCCCCCCCACACACAAAUUCUAGAAAAGUUUGUUUAAUUCCAUGACAUCAAAAAUGAUGUUCGCAAUCCUGAACAGGUCCCGAGACCUCACAACUAAUGCAAUCCUAAUAGUAAGAUCUUACAGCACGGGAAAGCAUGGUACCACUACCACUAGCAGAAAAAACCUCUUCUCAAGAAUUUGUCCUAUGGGGGACCCUUUCUUCAGUGUAGUCCCAGUUCUUGAUCAGUGGGUGCAAGAAGGAAACGAAGUCAAGAAUUUUGAGCUCCAGCGCAUUGUUCGCGACCUCCGAGCUCGCAGGCGCUUCAACCAAGCUCUCGAGGUUUCAGAGUGGGUGAGUAGCAAGGGACUCUGCUCGUUCUCACCAGGUGAUCGGGCUGUGCAGUUAGACCUGAUUGGUAGAGUUCGUGGGCUGGAUUCUGCAGAAAACUACUUUAAUAACUUGAGUGAUCAAGACAAAAUUGACAAAAUUUAUGGUGCUCUUUUAAAUUGUUAUGUCAGGGAAGGCAAUGUUGACAAGUCUCUCUCUCACUUGCAGAAGAUGAAAGACGUAGGUUUUACUUUCAGUCCUCUCAUCUACAAUGAUAUCAUGUGCCUAUACACAAACACUGGUCAGAUUGAGAAAGUCCCUGAUGUCUUAUCAGAAAUGAAGGAGAAUGGUGUCUCCCCUGACCAUUUUAGCUACAAAAUUUGCAUAAAUUCAUUUGGUGCAAGAUCUGAUCUUAAAAGCAUGGAGAAAGUUUUAGAAGAAAUGGAGAGUAUACCCCACAUCUCUAUGGACUGGACCACUUAUUCAAUGGUGGCCAACUAUUGCAUCAAAGCAAGUAUGCGUGAGAAAGCACUAAUUUACCUGAAGAAAUGUGAGGAAAAGGUAAAUAAAGAUGCACUUGGCUACAAUAAUCUGAUUUCACUCCAUGCAAGUCUUGGAAAUAAAGAUGAGAUGAUGAGGUUGUGGGGACUUGAAAAAUCCAAUUGUAAGAAGCAAAUCAAUAGGGAUUAUAUAACCAUGCUGGGCUCUCUAGUGAAGCUUGGGGAGUUCGAAGAAACUGAAAAGUUGCUUGAGGAGUGGGAGUCAUCCUGCCACUGUUAUGAUUUCCGCGUGCCAAACAUUCUCCUUAUUGGGUAUUGUCAGAAGGGACUGAUUGAAAAAGCUGAAACUAUACUUCGAGAUAAAGUCAAUAAAGGGAAGACUCCAACCCCAAAUAGUUGGGCAAUUCUUGCGGCAGGCUAUGUGGAUAAGCAGAAUAUGGAGAAGGCUUUUGAAUGCAUGAAGGAAGCUUUGGCUGUACGGGCAGAAAAUAAAGGGUGGCGGCCUAAAGCUACACUGAUUUCAAGCGUAUUGAAUUGGCUCGGUGAUAAUGGAGGCGUUGAAGAAGUUGAAGCUUUUCUGGGCUCUUUGAAGACUACUGUUCCAUUGGACAGGGAAAUGUACCAUGUUUUGUUCAAGGCGUAUAUCAGGGGUGGGAAAGAAGUGGAUGGGCUUUUAGAGAGCAUGAAAGCUGACAAAAUAGAUCAAAAUGAGGAAACAGAUAGUAUUCUAAACUCAAGACAGGAAAAACCUAAAAUGGUGCAUGGCUUUUGACGGAUGCUUUUGCUUGAUUAUGGCAUAUUGAUCUGCAAUUAUGGUGCACACUUCAAAAAUACUUUUUAACUGUUGUGAUCAGAUCUAAGAUUCAGCGAGCAGUUGGAACUACUAGUAUUUGUGAAAAUUAAGUUUUUGAAUGCCACACUCAAAAUAUGAAACAAUA